GUUUCAUCGAAAAUAUUGUCAUACUUUAAGGGUUUUCCUGACUCAUUUCAACGUUGAGUAACACUCCCACCCAUAAGUAUAUCCCCCAUCACUUAAUUCGUUUUUUUUGUUUCUUGCAAUCCAAGCGUGGUCCGUGUUGUUUUUCUUUUUCUUUCCGGCGUGUUUCUGGACGUGUUUUUGAACUUUUUCAUUAGUUCUUUCAUUAGAAAUACCUUCUCCCAAUACUCCCAUAUCAUCAAUUGAUACCGACUGACAUUCUUUAAAUGUUUUGAAAUUACUUGUGCCAUUAGUUUUGUAUUAUUUUUUGUUGUUUUGUAUUCUUGAAAUUGGAUUUGGUGUGAUAACGGCCACUAAACCCAAAGAUAAAUUGUAUCAUAUUUUGUAUCAUAAGAGUCUUAUAAUAAUGGCAGCCUUAAGUAUGGCAACAACAAAUGGCCUGCAGAUUUACCUGGCAACUUAUUCAAAUGUUCCAGUAUUUGAAUUUGUCACUUCUGAGGGCCCUAUAAUGAGAAGAAAGUCUGACGCAUGGAUAAACGCAACUCACAUAUUGAAGAUUGCCAAAUUUCCUAAAGCAAAGAGAACUAGGAUUUUAGAACGAGAUGUCCAGACUGGUAUCCAUGAAAAAGUUCAAGGUGGUUACGGUAAAUAUCAAGGUACUUAUGUUCCAUUAAACUUAGGUAUGGAGAUUGCAAAAACUUUUGGUGUUUAUGAGAUUUUGAAACCAAUAUUCGAUUUUAUUUAUAUAGAGGGUCAAUCGGAAACUCCUCCUCCUGCUCCCAAACAUAGUCAUGCUUCUGCUUCGAAUGUCGCCAAGAGACAAGCAAGCAAUCUUGGUGCUUCUGAUGAAAAUAAACCAGUACCCGCCAAAAGAUCUAAAAGUACUUCUGCCACUCCAGCAAUGUCUGCAGCAUCACCUCCAGUAAACCCUUCAACAAAAGCUUCUACUCCUUCUAACAAAGAUGAACCCAUGAAAAAAAGAGGUCGACCUAAAAGAGUUGCUUUGUCCAAGAGUGUUGUAAGACCUUCUCUUAAGCAAAAUAAUACUACACCUAUAGGCGAAAGCGGACCUAGUUUUGGUACUUUUAAUAAUAAUUCAUUAACCACAAGUAUCACCGGCUCACGUAUAAAUGAAGAAUUGCCAAUUCCAUCGUUACAACGUCAUGAUACUGAACAAGAUGCAUUACAAGUAAUGGCAAGUAAUAUGAAUGUUAAAGAUGAAGAUUUAGAGUUGGCAGAUAAAAGUAGUGAGGAUGAACAAGAUGAUUUAAAUCAAAAUAUUCAUUCACACCAUAAUGCAUCUCAUGUAUUGAAUCAUCAGAAACUAGGCCAGUUUACCCCUAGAAAUUCAGGCUAUUUCAAACACGAACAAGAUGAUGAUGAGUUAAUGAGUGUACGAGAGUUAUUUGGUACUCCAAGAGAUUCAUUUGAAAGAAUUGUUCAUACGAAUAAUAAUCAUAACAACAACUCUUCUAGUCUUCAUAAUAAGAAUAUGGUUGGAUUAGCUGCUAACCAACAUUUGCAACUGUUACAAGCAAAUCAACAAUCGAGUCAAUUUCCCAUAAACCAUGCAAGUUUCCCAAACCGCCUGCAAUUACCUAGUAUUAAUGGUACACUAAUUAAUGGGACAACCGGACCGAAUGGCUCACCUAUUGGUAUAAUGCAUGACCCAUUUGGUUUACUGCAAUAUCACCAUGAUCAACAGAAUCCAGAGGCAACUUAUGUUAAUUAUUUCAAGAGUUUGUUAAAUUAUAUAUGCGAAGAUGGUAAUAAUUCGAAUCAUUCUAUAAAUCAGAAUAAUGGACUUAAAGUUCGAAUGAACUCAAUGGAUAUACCAGAAAAACUUGCCCAUCCACCACAACCAUUACUGAAAAUCAACAUUAAUCAACCAAUUGAUACCGAUGGGAAUACUAUUUUCCAUUGGGCAUGCUCAAUGGGGAAUAUAACAAUAAUACAUUUUUUAAUAUCGAUUUUUUCUAAAUUUAUAAAUCUGGAAGUGAAAAAUUCUAACGGAGAAACUCCAUUAAUGUUUUUAGUUAAAUUUAAUAAUUCAUUUAAUUUGAAAAAUUUUCCAAAUUUAUUAGAUUUAUUGGUUGAUAGUAUAUUAAUAGUUGAUAAUAGUGGUAAGACAAUAUUACAUCAUAUAGCAUUAGCAAGUUCAACCGAUGCUAAAAAGGAAAAAGUUAGUAAGAAUACUAAAAAGACUAAAGAAAUAUUUUCACAGUAUUAUAUGGAAUGCAUAUUCAAUAAACUAAUUGAAUUCCAGGAUUUCAAAAUCGAUGAUAAUAAAAAAGUCGAUGAAGAAGAAAGGAAAAAUCUUAUAAUAAAGUUCAUCAACCAUCAAGAUUCUGAUGGGAAUACUGCAUUUCAUAUUAUCUCUUACUAUUUAAAUAAGAGAUGUAUUGGAAUUUUUCUUCAAUAUAUUGAAUACAUUGAUUUAUCCAUAAGGAAUAUGGUUAAUUUUACAGUUGAAGAUUAUAUGGCAUCUCAUAAUCAUUUAUUAAGAGCAGAUCCAAAUGAAAUUAACGAUGAAAUUAAUAAGAAACCAAUUGUUAUGAUAUCUAAUGAAUUAGAUAAUGAUCAAAGGGAUUCAAUUAACACUCAGAGUUUUGAUAGUCAAUUAUAUUAUAGCAAAUUAGCCAUUAAUUUACAUAGUUCUACAGCCAAUCAAAUAACUGAAAAAUUAACUGAGUUAUCAUAUUCAGUUGAUAAAGAGUUGAAAGAAAAAGAUGAUUUAAUAUUGAAAAAUAUUAAGUAUCUUAAUUUAAUAAGUCAAGAAAAAUUAAAAUCCCAAAAAUCAAUACUUAAAUUAUUUGAUAUGGACCAUUUAUUAGAGUUCACCAAUAUGAAUGGGAAAAUGACUCCUCAAACUGACGAAGAUAUCGAAAGUCCUAUUAAGAAUAAUGAUGAAAACACCAUUGUUCAAGAAGAUAAUACCACUACCGGGAUGUCGUUUAUUGCCACCCAAAAAGAUGAUGAUGACGAUGAAACCAUUACUAAACCAAUCAGUCAACCACUUAGCCAACCAAUCAGCCAACCAAUCAAUACUAAUGAUGAAUUAUUCAUUAAUGACGAUAAUCUUCGAGAUUCCCUAGUCCAAGAAGAAAUUGAAAGAUUAUCAAACGAUUUAAGUUUCCUGUAUUUAUCCAAAAGAGAAGAAUUCUUAGACAAAAUCAAUCAAUAUCAAAAAUAUAAUGAAAUCAAAUUACGAAAUAAAUUAAAUGAUUUAAUCAAACAGUACGAUCAACCAAACGAACAACAAAAAGAUGUCGAAGAACGAAUCAAAUAUUCAAUCAAUUUACAACAAGAAAUCUUGCGAAAGAAACAAUUAGUCGACCAAACAACUAAACACCAUAUCGAAAUUCCAAUUAGUUAUACUAAUCAACUUGAUUCUAGUGAAGAAUUCAAAGAAAACCGUUUAGAUGAAGAUGAAGAUUCAAUAAUCGAUAAAUUAUCACCAAAUGAUAAAUUAUUCAAAUACUGUAAAUUGAUUUCAAUCUGUUGCAAUAUGAAUUUUAAAGACGUGGGUAAUUCAAUCAACCUAAUUGAACAAUCCCUUGCUAAAUCUUUCAAUGGUCAACGUGGAGCUUAA